AUGGACCAUUGUGAUAUCUGCUGCGAAACUGCUGUUGAGAAGACGGUGCCCUGCAUAAUGGAGCUGUCCUCGGGGCGGAGAAAUAGAAAGAUCCUGUUGAAAACAGAUUGGAUUUGCAGCUCGAUCGCACGUCUAGGUGUCGUUAUUAUAAUCGACCAUUGGCCUCGAAGUGGAGCGGUUACCCUCCUCAAGGACGACAGGGACGCAUCACACUGGACGGCAAUGCUGCGCUUCGACUCGGACACUCAGUCAGUGUCACUGCUCUGGAGCGAUAAACCACUCGCACAUCAGCAGGAACGUCGUGUACUUCGCUUUAAACAGCCCGUCCAGCUCAUAAAGACCGAGUGGCCAAAGCGCGCGAAAUCUAGACUGCCAUGGCUGGCGGUUUUGUGUCUGCUUUGCAGGAUUGAUAGGCUCCAGAAUUUUGUUGACACAAACACUCGUCACUCAAGCGCAAUAUUUAUUUAA